ACGAGGUUAGCAGCAGUGAGAGCUGAGCUUUCCACAUGAUAGGAGGUCGAAUGGUAAACUCUUGCUUUCAAUGUUAAUGUCAAGGAAGAAGUAACCUGCUGACAAAUGACCCCACGAUAACUGACAAUAAACAACCGUGUCUUUUGGAAAUAGGUUCUUGGCCGCGGGGCGCGUGCCGGUGUCUCUCACUUGUGCCACUGUGGAGGUUUCUACGGGAAACCCGUAACGAUCUUUAGCAUGAUUAUGGACGCACUUGACAUCCUUUCCCGUACAGUGCUGAACGAUCACAGUUUUAAUCAAAACUUUGAAAGUUACAAGCUUUUCUUUUCACCGUCGGUCCAUACAUACGACAGAACGUGCCAGUUUAAUACCGAGACGGGCACGGACUCUUCGCGUGAAUCCCCCGGUUCUUUCUGUGAGGCGAUGCCGGACGCUCCUGACGAUAUUUUCAAUACUACAAACUUCGUCCCCACUGAAGAACAAGCAUUAUACACUUACUCUACUUCAGCCGAAACGGUGGUCCCUUCUACCAAUAAGUCUGAACAAGGGAUGUACCCCACUACCUCCCCUCAGCAAACCAGUACAACACAGAGAAUUACGUAUCGCCGUGCCGCCCCAACAGCCACGUCCCCUACCCAUCAAGGAGCCCAGGGACAGAUGGGAGGGUGGCUGGAUCCCGAAAAAACCUCCGACUUUACACCUUUCCUAAAUAUACUCAGUCAGACUGCAGUUCCAGUCUCCUCACCAACACCACCUGGUCCAGGCCUUGGGACUCCUUCACCUGCACCAUCUUCCCAUUUCUCAGCUUCGCCCAGCCCCAGCACCUUUGAAACAGUCAGUGCCCCACCCCCGCCUUCUCUAGAAGUAAUGGUUCAAGAGCACUUUUUCAUUAGUCCUCAGGGACAAGAGCUACUACAGUUUGACACCAGCGGUGAGGGGCUCACCAUGAGACAACCUCCAAUGUACAGUAGUUGCGCUGGUCCUGAAGGGAACGUCGCAGCUCUUGUGGCGGCUACUGGGGGAAUACCCCCACAGUCCAUGAUCGCCCAGCCAGGGAUGGAACUAGUGCCCACAUCAGGACAAAAAUACCAUUUGUCCAGUUCGUGCUUUAACGCUCCUGAUUAUGGAACUUUGACUGCUCUCCAACUCGGGGCAGGCCCUUCUAAUGUGGUACCCAAACAGGAGCCAGUCUCUGAGAGUGGUUUCCUAACCGGGCCGGGCCCAGGGCUGGCAGAUUACAACCAGGCUACUAGCAAAGGGCAUGAGAUCCUGAACCAGGCGUAUCAGACCAGUCCGAUGCCUUUCAAGCUGAUUCCGGUAAAGCCACGCAAGUACCCCAACAGGCCAAGUAAGACACCAGUCCACGAACGGCCUUACGCCUGUCCUGUCGAUGCUUGCGACCGACGGUUCUCUCGCAGUGAUGAACUGACCCGCCAUAUCCGGAUCCACACUGGACAAAAACCAUUCCAGUGUCGAAUCUGUAUGAGAUCAUUCAGUAGAAGUGACCAUCUGACCACGCACAUCCGCACUCAUACAGGUGAGAAGCCGUUUUCCUGUGAUAUGUGCGGGCGUAGAUUUGCUCGUAGCGACGAGAAGAAGAGACACGCCAAGGUUCAUUUGAAGCAGAAACAAAAGCGAUCAGCGACUCAGAACCAGGCUAGCGAGGGUCCGAGUAGCACUAUGUCUGUUUCUCAGAAUAAUCCCUCCACCAGUGCGGUUCCUAGCAGUUCUUUCUGUACGUCAGAAGGUGUGUCAGUGACUACCACUGCCCUGCAGUAAGCUUGACCACGAUAGUGUCAUCGUCAAACGAACGAUAGGCCUCUUAGGUUUAUUUACAGCAGUGCUCAUUAUAAUGAUCAAUCUGUUCACUGUUUGCAGCCUAGAACAAUAGUGGUACUAAUAAUUGUGAAAAACAGAUGUAAAAGCUGAGCGAAAGGUGCGAGGGUGUUUUCUCUCUUUCUCUCUCUCUCUCUCUCUACUUAUAUGACUGAGUUAUAAAGGUAUAUAACGUCACAAUUCGUGCCUCGGAAUUCAUCGUUAAGACCAAAUUAGAUGUGUGUUCGAACAAACGGUGAGCACAGCACAAAAUAAAACUGCUGAAGAUUAUUCGAAAUUUGUAAAAAAAAACAACAACAAACAAAACAAAAAACAAACAUUUACACCUGUUGCUAUAAAUGAUUACUGCUGUUUAAAAUGUUGUUUUAGUAAUGAAAUAAGAUUCUCUUUCUAUCUGAUGUAUAUAAGUGCGUUUUAUACAAUAGAAUUAAAAACAAGUGAAUUGCAGGAGUACCUCAACUACUUGAAAUCAAAUUUAUCAUUGUUUUAUCUAUAUAUCACUUCAUGCAUAUCCUUAGUUUCAACCUAAAUUUCUAGGCCUAAACUUUAAACUAAAAAUGUUAUAUCUUUAUAAAACACCUCUUUAUAUUUAAGAUAGAAAAUUUUUAAAUAGUUCUUGACUGAUAGUAUAUUUUUCUGAUUCUCUUGAUCAAAUAUUUUAAUAGUGUUUCCCAGGGCUUUCACCAUCUUCAACACAUAUAUAUAUAUAUAAACUUUUUUCUAACUUCGAGAGAUUCAUUCUACUACAACUUCAUGAAGUGAAGUUUGACUUAACAUUUUACAUAAAAAUGUAAACUUGAUAAUUUAAAAUAACUAUCUUUUAAUUAAGCAUAGUCGAAAGAAUAUUUUCAACAGUUGAUACCACUCGGUUAAUUUCAAUUGGUUAAUAGGGUUACCUCUCUCCUGUUUAUACAUUUUAAAUAAUUUCACACCUAUCCUUUCUUAAUAAUGUAUAUAUGUUUUUACAGAGUAAAGGAACUAUUUUAAAGUUGUUCUUUUGACUGUUGAUUGAAAUUUGUGUUUGGAUAUGUGACAGAUCACUGUUUGUUUCCUAUAGAUAUGUGUAAUGCUUAAAAUUUUUCUAUAAAUGUUGAUUCUUAUAAAUUUUGAUCUAAGUCCAUAUUUAGAGUUGUACAGAAAUAUAACAUUUUACUGCUUCACAAAAUGAGAAUGUUUUACAUUUAGAAAUGAUGAUGUUUUGUUGUUGUUUUUUUAUGAAAACUGUUAUUACUUCUGUGAAACAAGCCAUUUCAAAACUACAGAACUAUUUUCUACUUUCAAGAUGCUUCUGUACCAUUUACUUUAACUGUGAUUAUCAGUUGUGUCGUACAGAUCAACCUGAACAACCUUUUGAAGUGCGCACAAAGUCAGUACCUUCAUGUUCUGUCUCUAACGGCUAUAAGCUAUUAAUAUUUUCUCGGUGAAUGCUUAAAAGAUGGCAUAGCUUGUUUUGUGGUAACUAUGGUGUAAAUAGUGUAAUAAUAUCUUGACAUUUAACUGUUUAGUUAUGAUUCCAGAUAUUAACCGUUACAAAAUAUUAUUGUUCAAAGAAGAGGCGAAUUGUCUCGCCUAAUAGUAGUCACAAACUUGCGUGAUUUGAUUUGAAUAUUCUGUUGAAUAAGUGAAAUUUAUUAUUGUUGAUUAUGUAUAUGUGUAUGAACUAGCUUUUUAAAAUUUAUAAUGAAUUGAUUGUUUAAUUAUUGUAUUAAACACGUGUUGUAAAUUUAAAUUUCCCUAAGUAAUGUUUAUUUGUUUGAAUUGGCCAUAUUCUUUUUGAUUCUGGCUCUCGGUGAUUUAAAAAUAUUCAGAAAGACUAGUUUUUUGUUUGCUUCUUGUUUUUUUAACAGCAUCAUAUGGGUUUUCUUGUUAAAGUAAUGUUCGUUGGUCAAUGUUAGUGACAUAGUUUUAUAACUUAGCACAAAACCCUUUUUUUUCUUCUUCUUUAUAAGCAAUAUCAACUUUCUCGUGAAAGCACUUGCCUGAAUCGGUAUUUAGGUCGUAGUGGACGACCUGGGAGGGUCGGGAAAACUUUCUCGUGAAAGCACUUGUCUGAAUCGGUAUUUAGGUCGUAGUGGACGACCUGGGAGGGUCGGGAAAAAUUUCUCAUGAAAUCGGAGUGUCCAAAAAGUAACUUGAAAAAACCGCCCUAAAGUGUGAUUUUUGCAUUUUUAUUCGUCCCGCACGUGGCACAGUAAUAACUGUUUUGAUAUUUAUAAAGUACUCCAAGUACGUUUCUCAGAUUAUAAACAAAGCAAAAUAAAACAAACUCAUUUGACGACUGCUAUUUCAAUGUUGUACAAUAUUGUUUUUUUUUAUUUGAAGUUUUUGUGUCUUUGUUUAGAUUCUUAAAAUGUACUUUUCUCCCCCAAGUUAAAAAUUGUUUUUAUCAUGUGUUUGUUUCAACUUGUCUUGUGCUUUUUAGCGUUAUUGUUCAUGUGUGCUUUAUUCCAAUCUCGAGAUGUGGUUGUCUCAUGUCUUCUUUCAAACAAGAAAUUGCUUGUUAAAAUAAUUCCCGUCUCAAAACUACUCUGAAGGAAGAGUUAUGUAUUUACUCAAGUUAUUGUGCUAUUAAAAGAUAUAUAUAUAG